UAUGAUGGGCCGUAACUAAGCCCACUUGGAAACCGAAGUUUUCUUGAGGAAGAAGCCGGUGCUUUUGUUACCUGAACUUGCCAACUCCAUCAGCGAUCUGAGCGACCGGAUUAGCUUACAAGAUUGUUCUUGCUGUUUCUGAAUUUCGCUUUCAGUCAACUUGUUCUCUGAAAUUGUCAGAUGUCAAUGAAGAUAGCCUGGAAAGUUAUAUUUCCUAAGACAGUACAAUUCACUUUCUGAACUUCAACACCUGUUGUAGGUUACAAAUGGAGAAUCUCACUAAAAUACUAAUCCUUGCAAAUGUGUCUUUGCCCUAUAAGGUGGACUGAGGAAAUUGGACCAUUCAUUCAGUUCUUACAAGUACUUGACUGGAGUGUGACUUGUCAAGCCAGACCAAUCAUUGAUGCAUCUCUAUAAUGCACACAAACAAAUAUUGUCAUUAUCUAUACAUUUUUGUUAUUUCCCUUUGGAUUGUUUUUCCUGUGUUCUGAUUUGAUCCCAUUAGUUCUUGACUGAAGUUAAAUUUCUACUAGAUAGACGGUAGAAUUUGGAUCAUUAAGGAGGAACAAAAAAUUAUUCUGUAACAUAGAGAGGGGAGACAAAGUGAAAAAUGGGAGAGCACCAACUCAUGGGGGAUGGAGGAAGCAAACUGAAGUUAUUUAGGUGUGGGAUAGACAAGAGGGAGAGGGAUGCAAUGGAAAUAUAGAGUAUUUUUAGAUCCUCAGAUAUAAUACAAUUCAUAAUGUUUUAAAAUGUUGAAGCAUGUAAAAAUAUAUAUUGUAUUGUCCUCAUUGAUUUCUUUCUUCCCCUUCUUUGAACAAGUAUGUGCCCUCAGUGUUGCAUUGUUUGUCUCCCAUCAAUGUAUCGGUGCUCACUUUCAGGGUUUUUAUCUUGCCCUACCAGAUUAUCUAUUCAAACUGUCCUCUUUCCGUAACAGGAUAACAAAAAAUGUCUAGAAGAUAUGAUAGUCGAACAACAAUAUUCUCUCCAGAAGGCCGUCUUUACCAGGUUGAAUAUGCAAUGGAGGCAAUUGGAAAUGCAGGUUCUGCAAUUGGGAUAUUAUCUAAAGAUGGAGUUGUUUUGGUAGGUGAAAAAAAGGUAACUUCCAAACUCCUACAGACCUCAACUUCCACAGAGAAGAUGUACAAACUUGAUGAUCAUGUUGCAUGUGCUGUGGCUGGAAUAAUGUCUGAUGCAAACAUUUUGAUCAACACUGCAAGAGUUCAAGCCAUGCGAUACACUUACGCUUACCAAGAGCCAAUGCCUGUCGAGCAACUAGUUCAAUCCCUUUGUGAUACAAAGCAAGGCUACACUCAGUUUGGCGGUCUACGUCCCUUCGGUGUUUCAUUUCUGUUUGCAGGAUGGGACAAAAAUUACGGCUUUCAACUAUACAUGAGUGACCCAAGUGGAAACUAUGGUGGUUGGAAAGCUGCUGCAAUUGGUGCAAACAACCAGGCAGCACAGUCAAUGCUCAAACAAGAUUACAAGGAUGACAUCAGUAGGGAAGAGGCCAUCCAGCUUGCACUUAAGGUGCUUAGCAAAACCAUGGACAGCACAAGUCUUACUUCAGAAAAACUUGAAUUAGCUGAGGUUUUUCUUUCACCUUCUGGCAAUGUCAAGUAUCAAGUGUGCUCACCUGAGUCUGUAAGCAAGUUGUUGGUGAAGUCCGGUUUGACUCAGCCAACAGCUGAGGCUUCCUAAACACCUCUUAGUUGUUGGAUUACUUCGUUGUGCUAGGUCUGGCAUAUUUCAUGAACUUCAUUUGACUCAAAGUGAACACUGGUAUUUGGAUAUGUUGUUAGAUUGUUGAGCUUGUCUUUAAUUUACACUUUAUAAAGGUCAUAUGUAACCAUGUUAAUGGUUAGUCUUUACAUUGCAAUUAUUUACCGCUUCUUGUGUAAUGAACAUUGAAAGUUGGAAUCAGGUCAAUUCGGGACUUGCACUAUAGGUUUCUUUUCAUUCUCAAA